AUGCCAGAGAAGCUGAACGACCCAGGGAGUUUUGUUUUGUCUUGCAAGAUCGGUUCUACACACUUCCAUAGAGCACUUUGUGAUUUGGGUUCUAGUGUGAACCUAAUGCCUUACUCAGUGGCCAAGCUAUUGGGCAUCACUGACUUCAAACCUACAAAGAUAUCUCUAGUCUUUGCAGACAGAUCUGUUCGCCGCCCUGUUGGUGUUAUUAUGGAUGUUCCAAUCAUGGUUGGAGAUUGCUACAUCCCUGCUGAUUUUGUAGUUCUUGAGCUGGAACACCAACCUAAAGACCCUCUUAUCUUGGGAAGGCCAUUCCUAGCUACUGCAGGAGCUAUAAUAGAUGUCAAGAAUGGAAAGAUUGACUUGCAUCUUGGAGAUAUAGUGAUGAAUUUCGAAGAGACAAGAGAAGAAGUGCUGGAUGAACUCCUUCUUAUUGAUCCCUUGGAGCUAGCUUUGACAAAGGCUGAGAAUGAGUAUGGAUACAUGGAAAGAGAAGCUCAAUGCUUAGUCAAGUUCAUGGAUUCAAAGGAAGCUUAUAAAGAGCUGAUAGCUUAUAUGGACUUAGAGAGAGAAGAGGAAGAGCCAGACAUUGACAAGGAGGCUAAACCCAAACCUAAAGGAAGUUGUCAAGAAGGAGAUAAUGAAGCUAUUGAAAGCUGGAGUGAUUAUCCAAUAUCAGAUAGUGCAUGGGUCAGCCCUGUACAUGUCGUGCCAAAGAAAGGAGGGAUCACAGUCAUCAAGAAUGAACAUGAUGAGCUCAUUCCAACAAGAACAAUCACUGGACACAGAAUGUGUGUCGACUACAGGAAACUGAACUCCUCUACGCGCAAGGACCACUACCCCUUGCCAUUCAUAGAUCAGAUGCUUGAGCGCCUUGCCAAUCAUCAAUACUACUGUUUCUUGGAUGGAUACUCAGGAUUUUUCCAAAUUCCAAUCCACCCAGAUGAUCAGGAGAAGACUACCUUCACUUGUCCCUAUGGCACAUAUGCUUAUAGGAGAAUGCCUUUUGGAUUGUGCAAUGCUCCAGCUACAUUCCAAAGGUGUAUGAUGUCCAUAUUCACAGAUCUAAUAGAAGAGAUUAUGGAGGUUUUCAUGGAUGAUUUCUCAGUAUAUGGUUCUUCCUUUGAAUCAUGUUUGGGAAAUCUUGGAAGAGUGCUACAGAGAUGUGAAGACAAGCACCUAGUUCUAAAUUGGGAGAAGUGCCAUUUAUGGUUAGAGAUGGAAUAG